AUGAACUCGUCACCACGCCCGCUAGCCAAUGGCGGUGGCGUCGGCAGCGGCGUCGGCGUCGGCUCUCCCGGUCCAGUCGCCCGCCGAGCCGCCAAGUCGACGGAGCCGCCCUCUCCUGCAUCUGCAUCAACAUCAACAUCCACCCCUGCCCCUGCCACUGCCACUGCGCCCGAAUCCCCCGGACCCGGACCAAGUCCCCAUCUCCCGCGCCGCACAACCAUAUCCGUCGACGAGGGCGUCUUUGCUCGCCGCCGUCCAACCUCGGGCAACUUCGGUUCCGACCCCCAAAAUCCCCAGCUCGGCGACCUCCGCCGCCGCAGCUCAACCUUCUCGGACCUCAGCCUGACCGAGGCCAGACGGAACUUGCAUGACGACAUCCUCAACCCAGGCGGCAUGGGCUCCGACGACCGCGUCAUGUCGUGGUCGUCGUCGCUCCCCCUCGUCUUUGCUCUGCUGCCUGCCGUCGGCGGCGUCUUCUUCAAGAAUGGCAGCGCCGUUAUUACUGAUAUCAUGCUGUUGGGCUUGGCCGCCGUCUUCCUUAACUGGUCUGUGACACAACCUUGGGCCUGGUACAAAUCGGCCCAAGAAAUCCGGGUCAGGGAGGAGACGGUCAUGGGGAUGGCACUCGAGGACGACGGUGACAACGAGAAAGCCGGCGACCUGUCCCCACCACCAAGUCCAGCAAAGCUGAACGGCGUACUCGAGGACCAGGGGGCGUCCCCUGAUACUGCCACUCGUAUGGAAAGUAGCAGAGACGGCAAUGCAGAUGUUUCCCGUGGCGCGGCUCUAGCCCGAAAAGCUUUGAAUGAGCUCUACAUUCACGAAGUUGCCGCGCUGCUCCUUUGCUUUGCCUCGCCUGUCGUGGGCGCAUGGAUACUGCAUGCUAUACGGAACCAGCUCAGCCGACCAUCAGAGGGGCUGGUCUCGAACUACAACCUCACCAUAUUCAUCCUAGCCGCCGAGGUCGUGCCCCUCUCGCACACCAUCAAGCUCGUCCAGGGCCGCACCCUGCACUUGCAGAGGGUCGUGCAGUCCAACCCGUACCGGCAGGAAAUGGUUACUCCGGCGCAGGUGCAGGACCUAGUCAAGCGGCUCGACGAGCUGGAGGCGACGCAGGCCAGACUCGAGGCGGCAGCACCGCAGCCGCACCAGAGCAAGCCCAGUGACAACAAGCAGCAAGAGGCCAGAAUCGCGCGCGACGUGCGCAACUCUAUUGAGCCCGAGCUCGAGGCGCUGAACCGCGCGGUGCGGCGCUACGAGAAGAAGUCGUCGGUGCUGUCGUCGACUACCGAGGCACGUCUCAUCGCGGUCAAUGCCCGCGUCAACGACGCCAUUGCGCUCGCCGCUGCCGUCUCACAACGCACAAACAACCGCCUCCAGCAUAACUUUCGGCUCUGGCCAUCCCUCCGCGCACUCGGCUCUUUCUUCUUCGAGUUGGCUUUGCUGCCGUUCGUGCUUGUCCUAGCCGCCGUCCUGAAGCUCGCAGAAUUGGUAUCCGCUACAUUCAACAUUGGGGCCGGCAAGAAGAGACCGGGGGUGCCGUCGGCGAAGCGGGGGCAGCCGACUUCGCAGAAUGCGGCGUCUGCCGCGAGCGGCCGUCGCCGAGUCGCUGGUGUCCCUCCAGGGAAGCAGCCCAGGAUGCAGCCGCCAUCGCCACCGCAGCUGCAGCCAUCGCUGGGGCCCUUGUCAUCCGCGAGGAUCGGUGCGUUUGACCGCACGCACCAGUUGCGGCUGUAUAAGAGAUGA